ACUACUUGAAGAAGUACGAGGCCCAAUAACUCCCACGUGUCCCACGCGCUAAUCACACGAGACGUUUAUUUUAAGUCAGCGAUUAACAAGUUAACAACAACUAAGUUGAAAAACCAACUCAACUUUGACCAAUCAAUCUCUUCACUUCUCUCUCGUUGUGGAAAGAUGAGUUCAGAUCCCAAACUUCAUGGAUUUGAGGAUGUCGCAAAGCAUAACACUAAAGAUGAUUGCUGGUUGAUUAUUUCUGGCAAGGCCUAUGAUGUUACUCCCUUCCUGGACGACCACCCUGGUGGUGAUGAUGUCUUGCUCACAGCGACUGGGAAGGAUGCAACAGAAGAUUUUGAAGAUAUAGGCCACAGUGAUAACGCAAGAGACAUGUUGAAGAACUACUAUGUUGGUGAUGUUGAUGUUUCUACCAUCCCAUCGAAACACAAGCCUACAAAGUCUCAACCUUCUCAGGAAACCACACAAACCAACCAAUCUUCUGGAUUCCUGAUCAAGUUAUUGCAGUUCCUGCUGCCGUUGGUCAUACUAGGUUUAGCUUUUGGCCUGAAGAACUUCAAGAAAGAGUCGACCAGCUAGGUUAUUAAACUCAAAGAUGCAAUUGGUGAACUUAUAUGUGAUCGAUUUUAUAGGCUUCUUUGAUUUGAUUGUGAUUUUAUACUGUUGCAUUUUAAGUUGCUUAACUUGUCCUAGAUUAAAUAUUUAAGGGUCCAUUCUAUUCAUGUAAUGUACUUGAAUCAGAAAUGAGGAAUGCUAUCUGCAUUCUGCAGCCUUGCUGAUAGAGUGCAACUCUCUCAUUUUAUUUUAUUUUCUAUUUCUUUUUUAAAUGAUAGAUAAUACCUUGUUUAAUGCGAGUA